AUGGGUUCUAUGGCAGAGCUCAUUAGUGUACAAGCUGGAAUUUCUUCGAAUAAUUCUAAAGUUAUAGUUGACAAUGGUUGUGUGAGUUCUAAAUUUGUUAGAGUCUUAUGGGAAUAUAAUCGAGAGCAUAGACCAGAUUUGAUUAGUCUCCUUGAAACUAGGGUCAGUGGUGAGAAAGCGGAUUUAGUUAUUGCCAAACUCGGUUUUAAUAAUUCUCAUCAUGUGGAAGCGGUCGUCUUUUCAAGAGGUUCCUUCAUUGAAAGGACGUCCGUUCAGUUUUUAACCGGUUGGACUGAGCAUCCAUCCUUUUCGAAUUUUGUUAAGGAGAAUUGGAGGAUGUCUAUGAACAUGUCAUCCCUGCAUUCUAAGUUCACUGACCAGGUUAAGAUUUGGAAUAAAGAGGUUUAUGGUCAUAUUUUCACUCGUAAGAAGCUUUUGACUCAUAAACUAGAGCGUAUUAAGAUGGAACGAGAUAGAACUAACUCGAAAUUUCCUAAGCAAGUUGAGAUAGAUAUGAAAGAAGAAUUGAAGAAUGUGCUUCAUGAAGAAAUCUUUUGGAGGCAAAAAGCACGAUGUGAUUGGUUGGUCUUAGGAGAUCGUAACACAAAAUUCUUUCACUCGCGAAUGCUGAGGAGAAGUAAACAAAAUAGAAUUACUAUUUUGAAAAAUGGCUUGGGUGAGUGGAUAAUGGACGAUGAUCGUCUGAGGCUUGAAGCAGUCAAUUUCUACUCUAAUCUAUAUGGCGAGCAUUUUUGGCCUAUACGAAACUCUCCAUCUGUUGCUUUCCCAUGCCUCAAAGACGAAGAUUUUAAUUUUCUUAACAGACAAGUAUCGGAUGAGGAAAUUAAAUCAGCUCUUUUUGAUAUGGCACCUUUGAAGGCUUUAGGGAGUGAUGGUUUCUAUGCCCUAUUCUAUCAGAGUCAGUGGGAUCAUGUUGGCACUUCAGUCUGCACUUGGGUCAAAGAAGUCUUCAAUGGUAAAAGCAUUGAUUUGACUUUUAAUAAUUCUCUUAUUGUGCUAAUUCCCAAAAACUUAAAACCCCGUGGAGUUCUCUCAGUUCCGGCCAAUUAG